CUCGGUGUGCUUCUGUGGCGGCUCCCUUGGCCAGGACAAAGGGGUGGCCAGCUGGUGGCACUGGUUUGCCUCAGAGGCAGCUACCAGCCCUGUGCAGAGCUUGGGAGCUGGAAACGGCCGGGUACCUUGGCCUCAAGUGGGUGACAGGAGUGUUCCUACCUGAACCAUCCCUGAGGGACUGUGAGGCUGCAGGAGUCACAGCCACCUUGCCUCAGCACCUGAAAUAUGGGAUGUAGCCCCAUGCACACCCCCCUAGUGGGCCACCGCGGUUGGGGACCACAGGGCUUUGGCAGUGUGGGGGGGUCUGUGUUGCCACCUCAGGUCACAGCAGUGGCAGCGUGGAAGAGCCACGAGGGAGAGACUGUGCUCCCUUCGUUUGGGCUUUUAGCAGAGGAAGAUACUGAAGACUGCAAAGUGUGGAAAGUGUUGGGGGGUUUACUGAGAUGAAGGGGUUUGCUUUUAGAGGGGUUGAGAGGGAGGCAAAGGGUGGUGGUGAGGGACAGGGAAACAGACCUGGAGCUAUGGCUGCACGGGAAGGAUGUGCAGCAGUGCAGGGUGGGCUGUGAGCAGCUGGCAGGACCAAGCAGCCUAGGACCAGAAGCUUAGAUACUGGGAGGGGUAGGCAGCAGCGCCUGGGCAGGAGCCUGUCCCCUGCCCAACCCGGUUGGUGUCCUGGGGCUACCAGAGUGGCUCCUCUGUGACCUCGCUGUGGAGCUGGCAUCAGUGAGCAUCAUGCGGUGCUGGCUCCUGCUGCUCACCCUACUGCUGGGGGCUGCCCUCCCACGGCCCUUGAGCCAGAGGGUCAGCUACUUGGUUCCCGAGGACUUCUCUGCUCCCCUGGAGCUUCCACAGCAGCACUUCGGCCUGGUGGAUGAUUAUGGCAUCAAACCCAAGCAGCCUCGCUUCAGGACCUGGGCAGCCCGGGAGCGGCCAGCAGCACUGCACAGAGCUGGCAAAAGCAAGCGCGAUGAGCUUGAUUUACUGGAGUACUACUACGAUGCCCACCUGUGAACCAGCGUGCCCCUGUGCCCACCACAGCCCGGUCUUGGGGACC